CUAGAAGCACAACACUGAAAAUUACUGGACUCUCUCUCUCUCUGCUUCAGAGAAGUUGCUGCAAACUGAGUCGUGAACUCGGACGAUUAAGUGAGUCAUGGGCGGCGAGUUACGCUACGAGAUCGCGCAGAACGCGUACAUAAAGCUCGUCCUCCACGCUCUGAAGCACAAGACCUCCGCCGUCAACGGCAUCCUCCUCGGCCGCGUCUCCCCCCAAAACGACGUCGUCGAGAUCACCGACUCCGUCCCUCUCUUCCACUCCCAGCUCGGCCUCCUCCCCCAGCUCGAGAUCUCCCUCAUCCUCAUUGAGGAACAGUUUGCGGAGAAAGGAGUGAGCAUAGUUGGCUACUUCCACGCCAACGAGAGGUUUGAUGAUCAUGAGCUUGGCAGCCUAGCCAAGAAUGUUGGUGAUCACAUUUAUCGCUAUCUUCCUCAAGCUGCUGUGCUCUUGUUAGAUAACAAGAAGCUUGCAGCUUUGUCGAAGACAAAGGACCGGAGCCCCGUGGUUCAGCUUUACACAAAAGAUGCAUCUAGGAUUUGGAAGUUAGUUGGAUCAGAUGGAAAUCAGUUGACGAUCAAGGAGCCCUCCGCAAAUGCUGUUCUACUGGAUCACAUUUCAACUGAAAAAUGGCAGGAUGUUGUUGAUUUUGACGAUCACCUUGAUGACAUUAGCAAGGAUUGGCUGAACCCAGAGCUCUUCAAGUAAACUAGGCAUUUAUAGCUUCCUCCUGGGCAUCAGAGGACAAGCACAACUGGUCCAAGAAAUCCGAUAGACUGACCUCAAUCUCCUUUGUUUCUGGGAAUUUUUUUCCGAGAUGUAAAAACUGGAUUACAUUGUUCACCUCAUACUUCAAAAAAGUUAUGAACUCGAUUAGUAUCUUUGCCGCCUCGAGCGUUUCAGUUGUAGAACCGAACACAAUUUUGAAAUGUCGCAAACUAAGUAACUGGUGCAA